AUGAAUAAAACUUGUGCGAGAUGUGAAAAAACUGUUUAUCCCACUGAGGAGCUCAAAUGUUUGGACAAGGUGUGGCACAAGGGCUGCUUCAAAUGUCAAGAGUGCGGGAUGACUCUCAACAUGAGGACUUACAAAGGAUAUGGAAAGCUACCUUACUGUGAAGCACAUGUCCCAAAAGCGAAGCACACAACAAUGGCGGAAACGCCAGAACUAAAACGGAUCGCGGAGAACACGAAGAUUCAGAGCAACGUCAAAUACCACGCGGACUUCGAGAAAAGCAAGGGGAAAUUUACACAGGUAGCAGACGACCCUGAAACGCUAAGAAUCAAAGCGAAUACGAAAAUAAUUAGCAACGUCGCAUACCAUGGCGAGCUAGAGAAAAAGGCACAGAUGGAGAGACAACGACAGAUCAACGAAAAUGGUGAAAUUGUUGACGUAGCGACGAACGAGAAUUACCAUCACCAAAUCGACUCAUACGCGACCGAAAUGCUCGCCAACGCGCCAAACCUACCGCCCAAGAACCAUUACCAGACGCCCGUGAACCGCCAAUAUCAAGAGUACACGAAACAGGAAGAUUUCUACAACUACCCUCCGAAAUAUGAGGAAUACGCGACCCAAUCACAGAGUUUUGGCAAUCAGAAAAUCGGUAGGAUCCAAGAUUACGAUCCGUUGAGCGACGGGCCUCGGGCUCCGCCUAAUACACAGAGGGCCUCCGCGACUCUCAUUUACAAUAGCUCCAACGAGAAACGAGGAGCGCAGCAGGUACAGCAGCAACAGUCGCGCCAUAUCGGUCGAGUGACCGACAUGGACCCGCUCGCGAACGAACAAAUUUCGCAUCAAACUAACACUCAUGCGCAGAGCAGACCGACCAAUCAUCACAGUCAGCGAGUAUAUAUUGCGAUGUACGACUAUGAAGCCAACGAUAGCGACGAAGUUUCAUUCCGCGAAGGCGACCUCAUAUCCAACGUGACGUCCAUAGACGAGGGCUGGAUGACGGGCCAAGUGCUCCGCACCGGCCGCACCGGGAUGUUGCCAGCGAACUACGUCGAACUUGCCCCGGACUACCCCAAUUAA